UCAGGCAAACUUAAAGAAUAUUAUUGCACUUGUCUAUAUUAUUUAGCAUCGGUUUACUACUGCGCAGUCCGCACGGUUGAACUAUAUCACAAAAAGUGUACUCUACACGAACAAUGACGGAAAUUACCGAGUGCUCUCAGAUGACGGAAAUUACCGAACGCAAUGUCUAGCUAACACGACUGCUGACGGAAAUUGCCGAACGGAUACGGAAACGUGUACCAUGCGGAUGCGGAUUUACACUGAAGAAAAAGAAAAGUUGGGAACAGAUUUCCUACAGGAAACCAACACCGACAGAGAGUCCAGUUCUUCCAUGUCUCAGCUGGAUGAUGACUCUUUGGACCAGGAACCUCUCAGUUCCUCCCCGGAGUAUUCUGGGGAGGAAUCAGACCUUUCAAUGACAGCUGAUGCAUUUGCCCAUGGCUGUGACAGUGUCUCAAUCUCCUCCUUCACCAGUGACCGACUAAAGCCAGGUCAAGAAGACACAGCAUCCUUGGUUUCCACGGCAACCCUAGUACCUGAGUGUAUCUACAUCCCUCCAGUGGGGUACCAACUACUGUCUGAGCAAGAGUUCAUGCAGCAAAAGUUGACUUUGCAGAACGUCAGUGAGCAGCUGGAGAAAGUAACCAAUGAGAAGGAUGCUCUGCAGGAAGCCCUGAGAUGCAGCUCAGAAGAUUGCUCUAACAGGGUUAUGCUGCUGAUGGAUCAAAUUAAGAACUCGGAAGAACUUCUACAGAACCUGCAAAAAACCCUGGUUGACUCCCAGCAAAAAACAACAUGUCAGAUGGGGUCUUUAUUGGCAUCUUUUGGUCGUUUGUGCAAGGAUGUGAGUUCCUUAAAUGAAGAAAACGAUAAAUUGAGAGCUUUAAGUUGUACAGGCUCCCCCAACGAACAGAGACAGGCAGCAUCACACACACCCCUGCAGAGAGAAGCGCAUCACCGGCAGGAGAGGUUGUGUAUAGAGAUUGUGACGCUGCAGGAGGAGCUAAACGCUUCACUGGGAGAGAAAAGUGAUUUGGAGGAGCAACUGAAAAGGGAGAGGGAGACUCACACGGAAGACAGAGAGAUUAUGGAAGGUAAGUAUCAUAAUAUCAUUCUACUAGGACUCAAAAAUGUGAAACCUCUACUUAGAACUUAUUCAUAGAUAACAGCAGAUGCAGUAAAAGGGACAUUUCAGUUUAACAUUUAAAUGCACAUAGAUGAAUUACAUCUCUGAAUAUAUUGGCAAAAAUGCUUCUAGUAAAAGUUAUCACAUGCAUGUGAAGCAUAACUAGGAUAUUCUCAGUGCACCAGCAUUUUAAAUACUGCAGCUGCACAUUGCACCAGUGGGGCUUGUAUCAUGUCAGCAAUUAACAAUAUUAGUCAUUAACAGAUGAGCACCUUAGGUUCUUUGAACAAGUGCUGGUGCACGGUCCAUACUUGAAGUGAAUGUCAACUUAAGCAUAGUCGCUCAAGUCA